AACUGACUGGGCUUUAGUCAAAGAACUUCAGACUUAUGAAUAGUCAUCAUACAGAAAAAAAAGAGGUUGGAAGCCAUGUGGUAAUUGGGAUUGAAGAUUGCUUUAUUUCCAAAGGACAGAGAGUUCUUAACCUUGUGAGAAUACUGGGAGGAAAGCUGAUUUCAGAUCUUGGACUGGACAACGUCAGCAAGUGCUUAGAAUUUUUGUCGUCUUUACACCUUUCUGUUCUUUUACCCUUUUUGCCCUCUCUACAUGAUGCCAUGCCAUUUUGGAAAGUGAUUAACUUUCUUUCAGUUUUCUCUAUGAGGUGAAGGAGCAAAAGUAAAAGAAUCUGGAAAGAUGUAGGCAUAUUUGAAAAUUGUAAUUCACUUGCCAAAGUUCAAUGAUAAUACUUCAAGAACCUCUGAACAUCUGUGUCAGCAGCACAUAAGUAGUAGGCAACACUGUUUAGGCAUCUGGAUUCUGUACCUGGAAGACUUGGUUUAAAUCCCGGGUGGGGCACUACCCUUGAUUAAGGUUGAGCCAUAAGAGUCAAGAAAACUUCAAAGACGCGGAAGGGAUCUGAAGGCGUAGGCAGGAAGGAGUGCAAAGAGAGUAUUUCCUGCUUGGUUUUGGGUGGUGUGCCCAUUUCGGAGGGUGGCAUUUGGCUGAUCAGUGACAGUGUUGAUAGAAUGGCAGCUGCAUUUGAGAACUGCCCAAUCACCCUUUGUAUCUGAAGAGUUAAGGUGACUCCAGGCGAUAGUGAUCGCCAUGACUACUUCACACAUGAACGGGCACGUGACAGAGGAUUCAGACAGUGACAUGAAGAGUGGUGAGCUGUUGGCUCACGAGGAGCCGCAGUGGCACCGGGAGAUGGCAGUGGACUGCCCAGGGGACCUGGGCUCCAGGGCCAUGCCAGUGCGGCGCAGUGCCCAGCUAGAGAGGAUCCGGCAGCAGCAGGAGGACAUGCGGCGCCGCCGCGAAGAAGAGGGCAAGAAGCAGGAGUUGGACCUCAACUCCUCCAUGAGGCUCAAGAAGCUUUCCCAGAACCCCAGAAUCGGCAUAGAUAACCCCACCUUUGAGCCUAUUGAAGGUCUGCCCCCCCAGGGACCUGGGAGUACGUCCAGAAUUCUGGACCUGGAAGAUCUCCUCGCAUCUCUCAAGCACAUCCAGUACAGUCUGUCUGACUCGCAGAGCCAGGAGGACAUCUCAGUGGUGCUGCAGCUGAUCCAGAAGACCGAUUUCCAGAAUGCCUUCCAAAUCCACAAUGCAGUAGCAUUGCACAUGAACAAGCCCAGUCCACCCUUCCCGCUGACGUCUAACGCACAGGACUUAUCUCAGGAGGUUCAGGCAAUACUCCGAUCAAGCCAGCAAAAGGAUGGACUGGAAUUGAAUGCACUGUUAACUUCCCCUCACGUGCAGGCUCUGAUGCAAGCUCAUGACCAGGUGGCCGAACAGGAGUUGCAGCCAGAGCCAGCUGGCCCCCAGGAUGGACUCUAUGAGACACUGACACAAUAUGGCGGGGAGACCGUGAAAAUUGUUCGCAUCGAGAAAGCACGGGACAUUCCUCUGGGGGCCACAGUGAGGAACGACAUGGAUUCUGUGGUUAUCAGCAGGAUUGUGAAAGGAGGGGCUGCGGAGAAGAGUGGGCUGCUCCAUGAAGGAGAUGAGAUCUUGGAGAUCAAUGGCAUCGAAAUCCGGGGAAAAGAUGUCAACGAGGUCUUCGACAUCCUUGCUGAUAUGCAUGGCACGCUGACAUUUGUGCUCAUUCCCAGUCAGCAGUCCAAGCCCCCACCCAUCAAGGAAACUGUGGUUCAUUUCAAAGCUCACUUUGAUUAUGACCCCUCUGAUGAUCCAUAUGUGCCUUGUCGGGAGCUGGGACUGUGCUUCCAGAAAGGAGAUAUCCUGCAUGUGAUUAGCCAAGAGGAUCCCAACUGGUGGCAAGCGUACCGCGAUGGUGACGAGGACAAUCAGCCGCUGGCCGGCCUCAUUCCUGGGAAAAGUUUCCAGCAGCAAAGAGAAGCCAUGAAGCAAACAAUUGAGGAAGAUAAGGAGCCAGAGAAGUCAGGGAAGCUCUGGUGUGCAAAAAAGAACAAGAAGAAGCGGAAGAAGCUGUUGUACAAUGCUAAUAAAAAUGAAGAUUAUGACAAUGAGGAGAUCCUGACCUAUGAGGAAAUGGCUCUUUACCACCAGCCAGCUAAUAGGAAAAGGCCAAUAGCACUGAUAGGUCCUCCCGGCUGUGGGCAGAAUGAGCUUCGGCAGAGACUGAUGGCCAACGAACCCGAGCGCUUCGCCGCUGCUGUCCCACACACUACACGGAGCAGGCGAGACAAUGAGGUGAACAGCCGUGACUACCACUUCGUCUCCCGACAGGCUUUUGAGAUGGAUGUAGGGGCUAACAAAUUCAUUGAGUCUGGAGAGUUUGAGAAAAACCUUUACGGUACCAGUACCGACUCUGUGCGUCAAGUCAUCAAUUCUGGAAAGAUCUGCCUGCUGAGUCUCCAUACUCAGUCUCUGAAGGUGCUCCGCAGCUCAGACCUAAAGCCGUAUAUCAUUUUCAUUGCACCUCCAAACCAGGAACGGCUCCGUGCUUUACUGGCCAAAGAAGGAAAGAACCCCAAGCCCGAGGAGCUGCGAGACAUCAUUGAGAAAGCCAGGGAGAUGGAACAGAACUAUGGGCACCUGUUUGAUGCAGCCAUUGUCAACAUGGACCAAGACAAAGCCUACCAGGAGCUGCUGCGGCUCAUCAACAAGCUGGACACAGAGCCACAGUGGGUGCCAUCCUCCUGGCUGCGCUAACCUGUGCUCCUCUCCAAAACCCUUUAACAGGAGGGGGAGCUGUGCCGAAGUUUCCUUGACAAGGGAGCAGGAGCUUGUAGUGGGGAGCUCCCCAUUUCUGCAUGAUGGCCAGCGCCAGGAGUCGGGAUACUUUUUUCAUACCUAUUUCUGGUAUAUGUCACACACAAAAAGGACAGUAGUAGUGGCAAACUGUCUCUGUUCAGGACUUUCUCUAUUUUCCUCUAAAUUAAAGAUCAACAUUCCAGCUCUUACCUGCACUUGGUAGCAGGGAUCUACAGCUUUGGUAACUAUUUAUAAUGUAAAUAUAUGUGAAUAUAAGUAGUACAAAUGCAUAUCUGAAUUGCUCACUACACAUUACCUAAGUAUGCAACCAGGAGUCCAGUGUUAUGUGGCUGGGCCAGGGUGAUGUGGCCAUAUUGAGAUUUUAAAAUGAAGCUGUUUCAACCUCUUACUGUGUGGAGUAAAACAUUCCCGUUAUUAUUAUCAUUGUUAUAUGAAAAUGCAUGGAGGUCACAAGAAAAAUGUCGUUAAUGAGCAGGUUUGCAUAGAAGUGAUUGGUAUAUUGGGGUUAAACUCUGAGCCAUUAGAUUAAGAAAAAGACUUUUCUGCUCAAAUCUUUCUUUUAAAAAAGGAUUAUUUCAAAAUAGGAUUUGCAUUUAGUAAUUGUGGUCUAAUUUGAAUUCUUGUAUUUUAAUUGAGUCAAAAUGUUCAUGUCAGUCAGUAGUGCUGUUUGUUUUUGGUUCAGGCCAGCUUUGAGCUGACAUGAAUAUUUGUGUAAAUAUACAGGAACUUAAUUCCUAAAUCAGGUGUCAUUGAUUUGACAGGAAUUUCAUAAAUGAAAAGAAGCUGAUAAAGCUCCUCCCAGAAUGCCUCUAGCAUCUGAUCAAGAGCCAAUUUAAUGGACAGUGGUGUGUCAAUGUAAUUCUGUGUGUUGAUCAUGAAUCAUUAAUUUGUAAGUCUCUAGUAGUAGUAGUAAUAGUAGUGGACCUCUCAAGAACAAGAGUUCUGUUCUCAGUCCUGUACAGUCUGCUGAAGAAAGUAUUGUAUUUGCAUUGCCUGUGGGAAGAGCUCUCAGAUCUCAAAUACAACCCAGUGCCUGUUUGUCUGUUUGCAGGGUCAGAUAUCAGCAAUUCGCUUUCCCAUUACUUUUACAUGCAGUGUAUAUACAUGCAGAAAACACAGUGUGCAAGACUACAGAAAUUAGUAUAGCCUAUAUUUUUAACUUUGGUUGUUUUGUUCUCUCUGGACUGAAAUGGCAAUGAACCCAGUAUCAGUUGGCUCUUUGUGUUGUGAAAGUGCUUGGAGCUUUAAAAUGUUUUUUUACACCAGUAACCCAGGUCAUCUACUCUGCUAGGAAUAUGAUGUAUUAUAAAUGAAUUCAGUAUUAAAGUGAACUAGGAAUAAAUUGUCACAUUCUAGUCACAUCUGAUUACAGAAUGAAUAAGGAAAUUAGAAAGUAAGGGAGGCAUCAAUCUGAAUUGAGAGUGGUGCAUUAAAAUGUUUUUCGACACUGUAAUAUCUUAAUAUUCGAAUGAAAAACAUCCUUACAUCUUAUAUGUUUUUAGUUAAAUGGUUUAUUUAUCAGUAUUGCAGCCACCAUUCUGUGUUGUAAAAGAUCAUGUGCAACUAAUAAUUUUGAAGGAAUCUGAGGAAUAUUUUUGGAAUUUGGUUGCCAAAGUGUUUAAGAUUGAAUCAAUAUACACUAAUGUUUAAGGUUACCUAGGGUAAAUCCCUAGGUUCUGUUGACAGUAGAGGUCUUGUGAUGGGAUUACGUCCAGAGAUCCGCCACUCGGGCAUCUGCUUCUUGCUACAAUACAUCCCCUGUACCACAUGAGGUGAAAGAGGAUUGUGCACACACUCCCGAUAUGCUUACCUGUCAGGGGCAUUCAUGAUAUAACAAGUUAUGAGCUCCACCUUAUAGGAGUGUUUGUGCUUAAGGAAGCACUGCAUCUUAGGGAAGUGCUGGCUGACUAAAGUGCUGUCCAUCGCAGCAGUACUCUACCACUGGGAAACGCUGGUCACAGCUGACUCGAGCUAAGGGAGGAACAACAGAUAUCAGCUCUGUGAUAUUAAGUCUGCAACCUGAGUAAGUGAGUAGAGAAGAGUACAGCCAUCCUAAAGACCUUGAAGCUCAUACUCAUUUACUGCUGAUGGUAAUAACACUUGCAAAGCAAUGUCUUUACAACUAAUGCCCCCUGCUGUGUGGAAUUGUACAUGCAAAAAGCAGGAAAAUACACACAACCUUGCCUUCAUUUAAAAGGCGGGUUUUUCCAAAUGUCAGUGCUGGGUGGGUCCACUUUCCUCACAAAAUAUUACGUUGUCAUCUCUGAAGGGAUGGUCACCAACAGUCUUCUGAGUUCUCUUCUGACAGUGCUAAUUGCUGGAAAGGCAUCUGCUUUUACUUUUUUAUUUGAACAACCCCUAAUGGCUGUCUAAUGUAUUAAUGUUAAAGAUUUUCAUCUUUUGUAGAACACCCUUUACUUUCCCUUAAAUCUGCAGAGCAGUCACUAAUGUUUGCUUUACUCUGUAUAUAUGAUUGUGUUUAGAAGUGUGUGUACUGUACAUAUAUACACCAUUACAUAAAUACAUUAACUGAGUAUGUAUACUGACCUUUAAGCUGUGGUAUUUUUAUACAGGUAAAUUCUUGAUAAACAAUUAAGCACACACUGGAAACAGUUCUACUGAAGUACUGUUCCUCACUUUUGUAGGGAUAAUGUAUUUAGACAACCUAUUUUUAUGAAAAAUAGAAUGUUCUGUAAAAUACAUCAAUAGGUUAUUUUCAAACUUAACCCUUUAUUUUUGAGCUAAAAUUGAAUUUUUUGUUUUCUGGGGGGUGAUUUUACAGACAGGGAUGUUUUAGCAGUAACAUUGUUAUUGUAAUAUGUGAUGUAGUUAAGCAAAUAAACUGGAAUUAAAAUUAAUGAAUGUAAGUAAUGUACAAUUGAGGCCAUUUGAAGAUCUCAUUUUGUAUGAUUUAUUCUGCACAGCAAAUUAAAAAACAGAAUAAUAGAAAUUUCAA